CUUUACUGAUUGCCUGUAGAAUUACUCUGUGAAAUUUGACCAGGGAUAUAACUUGCACACCAAUGUACGAACAAUAAAACAGAGGCAUUUCUAUUGAAGAAAAAUAGGGUUGUAUUGCCACCAUGUAUGGAAAUAAUUCAACCAUAUCAUACUACUAAAUUAUUGACGACUAAUUUAUCUUGAACAACUUUCAUUUGAUAACAUUUUCUGUAACUCCUUUGGUUUCGAAUAUAAGGUACAGGGUCUUUUUGGCAGACACUCAAUACACAUCCAAUUUAAUUUUUUUAAUUUAUAGGAAGUUCAUAAUGUUAUUCGAAUUUACAUUCGAUUAUUUAACAAAUGGCACAAAUGAAUUGGAAAGAAACAGCGACGGUUUCAUCGAGAGCAAACACCGUAUCAUUCGUAUACGUUCUUCUAGAACAUAGUACUUGUAUAAAAGCUGAUGGAAGGCAACGUAAAAUCAACAGUCGUUAUUGAACUUCCCUUGAUAUGAAACUACAGGGUCUUGCGUUACUGCUACUAGCAGGUCUGGUUUUGGCAGAGAAGAAGGAAGAAUCUAAAAACGUCGAAUCUUCCGACAAGAAACACAACAAAAGAGGUCUCUUCGACUUGGGUUACGGUGGUGGACAUGGUUUUGGAGGUUUUGGAGGAAGUCACGGUUUGGACUUCGGCAGCAGCUACGGUGGAAGCUAUGGAGGCGGUUAUGGAGGUGGCUAUGGAGGCGGCUAUGGAGAAUCCAAACAUAUUACCAUCACCAAGGAAAUACCAUACCCUGUUCCCCAUCCUGUACCUAUCCCAGUGGAGAAACCAGUACAUGUACCAUACCCCGUCAAAGUCAAAGUUCCAGUAGAUCGUCCUUACCCAGUACACGUCCCAAAACCAUACCCAGUCCCAGUUGUGAAACACGUACCAUACCCAGUAGAAAAACCAGUACCUUACCCAGUUAAAGUACCAGUCAAAGUCCCAGUCAAAGUACCAUACCCAGUACCUGUGCCAAAGCCAUACCCAGUACCAGUGCACAAACCAUACCCAGUGCCCGUCAAAGUACCUUACUAUGUCGAGAAGAAAGUACCAGUCCUGAUCCAUGGUCAUGGAGGGUACGAUAGUAUCGACUCAGGUAGUUACGGACAUGGUGGUUUCGACUUUGGUAGUUAUCAUCAUUGAAUAACGACUGAUUGAAGUAGUAUCUAUAUUUCUCAGAAUUUUCCAUCUCAAUUGUUAUACUUUUCUUUACAUCUCAUUUC